UCUGCCCGCGGCGGGAGGCGGCGUGUGGGCCUUUUGCGGGCCUGGGCUUCUGCGCGGCGGCGGCGCGGACGCCGUGUCCGACAUGGCCAGCUGGGUGUUCUGUAAUCGCUGCUUCCAGCCGCCGCACCGGACGUCGUGCUUCAGCCUGACCAACUGCGGCCACGUGUACUGCGACGUCUGCCUGGACAAAGGUAGAAAGGGCGAGUGCUUGAUUUGUAAAGUGCCUUGUCGCACACUUUUACUUUCAGAACACACGGACGCGGAUAUCCGGGCGCUGUUCAUGGGUAUAGACGACCUGUGUAGGAAGUACUCAAAGGAGACCUUCCGGGUUUCAGAAUUUCAAGAAAAGCACAGAAGGAGACUGUUGGCCUUCUAUAGAGAAAAGAUCUCAAAGCUGGAAGAGUCCCUUCGGAAGUCAGUGCUGCGGUUGGAACAGCUGCAGGGUGUGAGAUUGUCACAGCAGACAGCUUUCAGCACAAUAAAAACUCCAGUUUCGACUCCUUUGGCACGGCCAGGCGGACACCUCCGGCCCCCUGACUCGUCAGCCUCCAACAGGGUGGAGUCCAUGCAGGUCGACCUCACUCCUUCCCCAGCGAGAAAACCUGAGGUCACGGCUGGCCCGGCAAGAAUCUCUCUGAUCAGCCCGCCUCAUGAUGGACGCAUGGGCAGCGUCGCCCGCCGCGGCCCUCAGCCCCUCGGCCCGACGCCAAGUCACAGGGAGCUGCCCCAGGCCCUCAGGGUCCCACCGCUGCCUGUCCCCGGCAAGGGGCUGUCCCAGGUGCCCGCGCCCCAGGCCCCAGGCCGAGCAGGAAGAGGGGGCUCGCCCAGCCUGGGGGGCUCCCAGGCAGCGGCCCCCAGGCAGCCCAUCAGCAUCUCCGCACUGCUGCAGAGACAGCACGCAGGGUCUGCUGGCCUCGAGGGAGUCCCGCACGGAAGGUGAACGAGCUCCCGUCCCCGGCCUGGCCCUCCGGGCCCCCUCGGCUCUGGCGUGUGUGCGUUAGGCAGUAAACAUGCUCGUGCGCGCGUCUGCGUGGAAUGAAGUAACGCCGUUGAAUAAAGCAUUUUUCUGAUGACCUGG